CACUCAAUUCAAAUACGUCCCUGCAACAAUACUGCCCCGUGCCCCAUGCAGCUUCUGUUGCUGCUCUGGCUAGUGAUGCUCCCAGCGAGCAGCAUUGGCACUGAGGAAGAACAAUUUGAGGAGGAGGAACCAUUUCCAAGAGCGACAGCUGCCGCAUCGAUCGGUCAUCUGGCCUCGCUGCGAAUGCUGAAAAUGGAGCGCAGACGAUUUGGGGCUGGCCACAUCUGUGCAGGCUCCCUGAUCCGCGUCAAUGCAGUGCUGACCGCCGCCCAAUGCUUUGUGGACCGGGAGAUCUUUGAUGGCAGCUUUCUGCCCAUUUCCGAGUUUGUGGUGGUGCUGGGCACGCCCCACCGCUUCGCGGGCAGCCCCAACACCAUGAUCUUUGGGCUGAAACAUCGCGUCCUAAUGCAGGACAAGUUCGAUGUGAAAUUCCACGAAAUGGACUUGGCCGUGCUCAUCCUCACGAGAUCCGUGGCCCAGCAGCACGCUGUGGUGAAGCCAAUAGAGCUCGCCGAUCGACCCUUUAAACGUGCCACCGAAUGCCAAAUGUCCGGCUGGGGCCGCAGCCCAAGCGGCUUUAGUUCUGCGGUGGCCGUGUCCGUAGGCAUACCAAUCAUUGGGCCCCGCAUAUGCCUCAUCAAGCAGACGACGCAGGAGUUUUUCGUGCAGCCGGGCAUGCUGUGUGCCAAUCAAUUGGGCAAGUUGAAACGCGGCUACUGUACCGGGGACGCGGGCGGUUCGCUGGUGUGCGAGGGUCAGCUGGCGGGCAUCGUGUCUUGGGGCGUUAGAUGCGACACGCCCCACCAUCCCGGCAUCUUCACGGAUGUGCUGUACUAUGCCCAAUGGAUAAAUGACAGUCUGGACAACCCCACCCAACUGGACGACUACUUUGGGAAUAUCGCCAAGCCACUGGCCUGUGGCGCCCACCCCGGGCAGGAGAUUCUGUUUCAGUGGAUUCAUUUUGUACUAUUUGACAUAUAUUUUAUAAUGGCAGCAGUGCAAUAGUACUGCUAUCCGGCCCGGGGCCAUAGCGUAUACGAAAUAUAUCUUAAGAAUCUU